AUCCUCGCCGCCGGCAACGCUGCCGUUCAUUUCACCUCGCCUGGCCACCCUGCAACGCAUAUGGAUUCACAGAAUUUUCCGAGUCCUUCUAUUGCCGCAUUGGAGCGCUUUCAGAGCUAUCCGUUCGCCGACGACGCUGACUACCAGCAAGGUCUUGCUGGCAUCGUGAGCAGCGGUGCACUGGAAGGGAAAUCAGAGGAUGAAAAGGCAGAGAUAAUUCUUGGAUCGGAAGUCUUCUACUUCAAUCGUAUAUCUGACAUCUCCAUCACCCUGGACGAGGCUCGCAUCGCCAGGAGAGAUUUUCAGAAUCAGGAGACCAACAUAGCUUCUGAUUCUUCAACAAUCCCACUUCGACUGCCAGCUGGGAAUCAGGAACAGCAGACGUUGACUUUCGCACAACUUAAGGAGCUCAUUGAGCAGGGCAGGACAGACGAGAUACCGAACAACAAGAUCAUACCCAACGUCCUCAGUUCCGAUACUCCAAGCGAAUCCAAGGCGAACGUUCGGAAGAAGCCUUGGGAGAUUCAAGCCACCGCAUAAGAUAGCUGCAAGCAGGAACACAGGGUUGUAUGAUAUAUGCCGUGUCGUAACUUGUGAGAUAAGUAGUUGCCAAGGUGGUUGGAGUUGUCGUCAAGCGCUACUUGUGCGUCCCUCCUACAGUGUACAGCUUGCUCCACUCCUGUCGUCGUCACCAAUGAUGACUUAGUGCCUGUCCAGUCGAUUGAACGUUG